CUCAUUUUUCCCCUCUGACUCAAUUUCCCAAAGCUACGCGCCGUGGGACAUAUCCGUGACCGUAGAGACGUAUCAUCACCAGCCAGUCAGCCCUCUCAAGCCUCCCGAGUCGCUUCCUAACUUCCGUUGGUGAUCGUUCAAACCCCAUUUCCGAAACCAGCCGUUGUCCUUUGCCGACCGAUUACCGGUGAUGAUCGAUCUCACCACCUUUCAUUAAUUAGGUGCACCCGAUUUCACCCUCACGCAUCACAGAAAAAGAACAUCAACCACGUCAAAGACAUGAAACCGAAACUUCUCUUCCUUCACGGCUCAGGCACCAACGCCUCAAUCUUCCGCAUCCAAUCCCGCAAACUAGCCCACCUCCUCAAACCACACUUCGACCUGCUCUAUUUCGACGCCCCAAUUCCAUGCGACCCAGGACCGGGCGUCCUGCCCUUCUUUGAAGGCUGCGGACCAUACCUGACAUGGAUGGAUGACGUGUCCGGGCCCAGGGCCGAGGAAGCCUACUACGAAGGCGACGCCAUCCGCGACCUGGCAAGAGAGGUUGAACAGAUGAGGGUUGUCGGCAUUGUCGGGUUUUCGAUGGGGGCCAAGGUGGCUAUGGGGGUUGUGCGUCUGUUGGAGGCUGAGGGAGGGGCGAACAUCAGGGUUGUCGCGGCUGUUUGCGGUACUGUGCCGUUUCAGGGUGGGUAUAUCAGGGGCCUGCUGGAUGAGGCUAGGGAGAAGGCGUAUCAGGGGAGUUUGGUGAAAGGGGUUGUGCAGGCUGAGAGUGUUCACCUGAUUGGGGAUGGGGAUCCAUGGCGGGUCCAGAGCGAGAAGCUGGUUGGGUUUUUUGCGGAGGAGGGGAGGCGAGUGAUCCGGUUCGAGGGCGAGCAUCACAUGCCGGCUGAUGACGCGGUGAAUCGGGAGGUGGCAAUGUUGAUUUUGGCGGCUGUCGAUGAGAUCUGCGGGUGGCGCAUGAAGCCUGAGGGAGGUACAUCCCCGGAAAGGUCCUUGUAUCACCUAAGUUGGUUGGCUUAGUUCGGAGCUGAUGAGGAGCCGAAUCGGAACAAUAUAUGUCUCGGAAUUUAGAACUCUCCAGUGCCACGACAACUCACUCAACAAUUCUUCUGUUAUCCAACCCGGGCGACACCCACACAGCAAGGACGAUGCUUCUCCGCCAGACCAUCCCUCUUCUGCU